AUGCACAACCACCAGCGAGCCCAAAUGAGCCGUCCACGCACCAGGAAAGCUGCAACCAGCCCAAAUGACCUUCAGCAGCCCCAUUGCCGUCCGAUAGCAGUCCAACAACCCCAAGGCGAUGCGAGGUGCGACUUGGACACCAGAAGGCGAGACGAGAUAGAUGACCUACUAUACAAACAACUAUCAGCAUCAGAUUUAUACUUACAUGCCAUUCUUGGACUCAAAGCAUACAUGAAAGCAUUGGCAACACCAAAUUGGGUACUACUCCCCACAGUCCAACACAUGCAAAAAGCUGUACAUGAAAUUUUAAAAGCAUAUUGGAAGCUACAAGGAAUUCAGGGUCACAAUAUAACAAACCAUAACUGGAACUACAACUUUAGAGGUACUGAGAUCCUAUACUACUCAAACCACAACAAAUAUCGUAUCUUCAAUAGCCAAACUACCCCCAUUUGUUUCGAGGAACCUGACACCCUUUACAUCUCAACUUCAUAUAAACAUGAAACAUAA